AUGGGUCACAGUCCGUGGGCAUUGACUGCAGGCAUUCUAGGAAAUAUUAUCUCAUUUAUGGUGUUCCUUGCUCCAAUGUCAACGUUUUAUCGUAUCUACAAGAAAAGAUCAACAGAAGGGUUUCAGGCCGUGCCCUAUAUUGUGGCUUUAUUUAGCGCCAUGCUGUGGCUUUAUUAUGCAUUUAUCAAAACUAAUGUUUUGCUUCUCAUCAUCAUCAACUCCAUCGGCUGCGUUAUUGAAGCCAUCUAUAUAGCCGUUUUCCUGGCAUAUGCACAUAAGAAAGCUAGGGUUCGUGCGGCCAAAAUAAUCUUAUUAUUGGACGGAGGAAUUUUCUCUGCGAUAGUUCUUUCCACGAUAGUACUUUCGAAAGGCGACACACGUGUGAAAGUAGUCGGAUGGAUUUGUGUUGGAUUUGCAGUAUGCGUCUUCGCUGCUCCUUUAAGUAUCAUGAAACUAGUAAUAGCAACAAAGAGCGUUGAAUUCAUGCCAUUUAACCUAUCAUUCUUUCUCACCAUUAGCGCUGUUGCAUGGUUCUCCUAUGGACUGCUUAUUAAGGAUCUAUAUGUCAUGCUUCCGAAUGUAUUGGGUUUCCUGUUUGGAUUAGCACAAAUGAUUCUCUACGUAAUCUACAAGAAGCCAGGAGGAAAUAAAAAGGUUGAUGAGAAGGCGGUGAAGAAGAACAUAGCAGUCAAGCCUGCCGCUAUUGAUGAUGAACAAAAGAUAAUGACUGAAGAGUGGACAAACCAGGUGAAAGAUAAGAUGGAAAAUGAUAACAUGAUGCCCGUCUAG